AUGAAGGAAGUGAGCUACGGUUCUUCGCCAAAGUCUGGGCACGACCAGGCUCGUGCAGUGGUUGAAAGUGAGAAAUGUCGUUCAUGUUUUGUGAGGAGAUUGGGUCUCAGCACUCUUCAAGCUGGCCUCCUAGCAAUCGCUUUUAUAAUUCUUUGGAGACGCUACAGUCCAUGUGGUGCUCCCCGUUCCGUCGGCGCUCAUGAUAAGCCUCAAUGGUCCACUAGCAUUCCUGAAAUGUUGCGAUACAAACCGCAAUACAAAGACUGCCCUUCUAUUUCUACGACUCAAUCUUGGCAAUCUGGGUACAAUAUCUCCACCGAUAGCGACGUUACAGUAUGGCGGUUGAAUGAUUCUUCAACAUCCAGCCAACAGCGGGUGCUACAAGGUCAGAUCAGUAUACUGCGUGGUAAUGCGUCCCAGCAAUCAGACAUUGAAGUCCAUGUCAUCUCACAAUCAAGUGAUGAGGAAGAACUGCGCAAUAUCACUUUUGAGAUCUCAGAAACAUCGCUCGACAUCAACUACAUUCCCUCUGAAAACGGAAAUUCCUGUACAGACAUCAAAGUCUUGGUCUACCUUCGUCCAGAGCCCAAAAAGCUCUUGGAUACAUUUGCGAUCUGGUCGGAAAACCUAGAUAUCUGGUUCUACCACAAACUCAACUGGGACAUCAAGCAUCUUCAUAUACACACCACCCACGGAGACUCGACAUUUGAAGCAAACGGCUGGGAGGAAGAAGUCGUAGUUCACAACAUCUACGCGAGCGUAGGAACAGGGACCAUGUUUGGGUACUAUGUCGCGCAUGGCAAUAUCACACUCAAAAGCGACAGCGGCUCAAUUGGCAUCUUCUACGUACCAAACUAUGGAGCGUACUACCGCCCCGAAAGUCUUACUGUUGUGUCAAACUCGGGUAGUAUCCAUAUCCAAGCUAGUGUGGAGUAUUGGACGGCAUUCGCACUCACACAUUCCACGAAGGUACACAGCACAUCAGGCGACAUAGAAUCCCAAACAGUACACGGCAGAUACACCAAUAUCUCAACCGAAAGCGGCAAUAUCGAUGCAUACAUCCUGCCCUUUGGUCUACCUACAUCGGAGACUUUGAGCGAAAUCUACACCAGGUCGAACGCGGGCGACGUCGAUUUCUGGAUUGAGGAAUCCUGGCAGCAAUCCUUGAAUGGAACUUACGAUCCCAUGCUCAAUUCUAUCAGUGAUCACAGCGUCCAAGACGGGAAAAUGACUUUGCGGUACCCGUACAGCUGGUACGGAAGCAUGGAGGGUAGGAUUGACAGCGGUGAGCUCAAGUUUGAUUCUAGCAAUCUUGAGGAUCUGGAUAGAGGAGAAGGUUAUGUCAAAGCGAAGAGAGGGACUCGCGGAAAGAGUAAAGCGGAAGCCUGGGUUGGUACAGGGGCUCUCGAUAUACGUCUGGGUCUAUGA